AUGCUUAUUUUUGGCUGGUGAUCUGUUACAAUCAUCAUGGCAUGUGAACAGCAACUGCGCCCUGUUCAGAACGGUCAGAUGCUGCCGGAUGUGGUGUCCACCGAACAGCAGUCGCUGGUGCUUGUGAAAAAGCUUCUAGCCAUUGCUGUCUCAAGCAUCACUUACCUCAGGGGUCUUUUCCCAGAAAACGCAUAUGGACGCAAAUAUGUUGGAGAGCUGGAAGUCCUGAUCCUGCGAGAGCAUAGCUGCCCUGGUGCUCAGCAGAUUGUUCAGUGGUUGCAGGGGUGCUUUGAUGCACUUCAAAGAAGAUACCUGCGCAUGGUUCUUCUAUCAAUUUACUGUGAUCCAGACAAUCCACAGAUAGUGACUGAAUGUUACCAGUUUAAAGUCAGAUACACAGAGAAAGGACCUCAGAUGGACUUUGAGAGCAAAAGCGGCCAGACCCUGACUAAAAUGGCCUGUGACAACACCCAGAAAUGCAGUAUUCUGCUGAUGCGUAAACUUUACAUGCUGAUGCAAAAUCUCGGCCCACUGCCUGAUGACGUCUGCCUCAACAUGAAACUCUUCUACUAUGAUGAGGUGACUCCCCAGGAGUAUCAGCCACCUGGCUUUAAGGAGGACGCUGGGACACUGAUAUUUGAGAGGGAACCAGUAAAUCUGAACAUGGGAGAGGUGGUCACACCUUUUCAUAGCCUCAGAAUGAACGUCACCACUGAGCGGAAGAGACUUGAUCCGCCUGAUGAAGAUGAUAUGGAAGUAUGCGUGAGUACGAAAUGGUCUUUGAAAAUGUUUGAGGAUGGGACGAUGUCUGAAACUUCAGUUCAGCAGGAGUUUAUGACAAAGGAGAAUGUCAUCACUGAUGCUGGCAUUGAAAUCUCAGACACUCAGGAGAACUCACAACAGCCUCACAGAAACAGCAAGGAGGAUCUUACAGCAAAUGCAAAGAUGGACAAUCGGGUAAAGAAAACUGCUGAUCUUAAGGUGGACGCCAGGAAGACCAGAAGUGGACGCAUCUUUGAGCCUCAGAUCUCUCAGUUACAGUUCCCGCUAAGCCAAGAUCCCCAGCCAUGUGCCCCGAAGAGGCGCAAAGUCAGUGUACCCAAAUAACACUUUGACUAGGACACACAAUAUUUCCAGUACAAUCACACAGCAACAUUCUGACCCAUGCUGUAUGCUGUUUAAUGUAUUUUGGUUUGAUUAAUUCAGUAGCAGAAAUGCUUUGUAAAACAAGUUUUAUGGUUCAAGGGCAUACGAUAACAUGAGUUCUAAAUUGUGUAUUUUGUUAUAUAUGUUAAUAUUCUUUGAGAUACAUUUGAUUAUAGCAUUGUUUGAUUUUAGGCACUAGAUGGCAUAGUUAGUCCACUAGAUGGCAGCAUGCACAUUGUAUCAAAACAGUGAUUCCAAUAAAAACAUGCGUUUUUUUGUAGUGAAGCAGACAUUUUUACGGAUAUUCGAGUGAUAUAAUUUGAUAAAUAAUGCACUUUAGGAUAUAUGUCUACAGGGGUAUAGACAUGUGAGCUAGAUUUGGCUUUGUUUCCUGAUGCUGAUCUGUACAGGCCAGCAACACAUUUUCCUUUUCAGUGUGUGAUAUUUACUACAAGGUUAUUUUGACUUGCAGAACCAAAGUGACAUACUAAAAUAAUCUAUACAUGUAGACACUGAAAAUACUUUUUGCUCUGUUGUGACAAUUUGUAAAUUAGAUACAAAAUGUAUAAACUAAAAUAAAACUAAACAAAAAUUA